AUGGCCAAGAGUGAGAGAGAGAGAGGGCAGCAACUUGAGCAUAGUGGUAAAAGAGGUAUUUCUUCUCUUUGGCAUGAUUUUGAUGAUGACUUCUCUGAGGAUAUUUCUAAAGGUCUACCACCUUUGUGUGGCAUUGAGUACCAAAUUGACUUUGUGCCUGGAGCACAAAUUUCAAAUAGGCCUGCUUAUAGGAGUACUCCAGAAAAGAUAAAAGAACUUCAAAGUGCUGUUUUGAUGCAAGACUCAAAGCCAAUUGCAUACUUUAGUGAAAAGCUGAGUGGAGCUACAUUGAACUACUCAACUUAUGAUAAAGAGCUAUAUAUUUUUAUAAGGGCUUUAGCUACAUGGAAACAUUAUUUAUGGCCAAGAGAGUUUGUGGUUAAGACUGAUCAUGAAUCCUUGAGAUAUUUGAAGAGCCAAGGUAAGCUUAACCGUCGCCAUGCAAAAUUGGUUAAAUUCAUUGAAAAUUUCCCAUAUAUGAUUGCUUACAAGAAAGGAAAAGAGAAUGUGGUUGCUGAUGCACUUUCAAGAAGAAUGGAAGCCCAUUGUGGUGGACUCAUGGGACACUUUGGAUUGCCCAAAACUUUGAAUAUACUUGUUGAACAUUUUCUUUUGGCCUGGCAUGUAAAAGGAUGUUGA